CUGGAGGAGGGGGCCAGUGGAGCUGGAGCACUGCAAGCAGCAGCAGAGCACAUCCUCCGGGCAAAGAUGAGUCCCCUGCGCUCUCCAAGAGGCACCUUCGUUGGAGAGGGCUCUGCGGGCUGGGGGCCUUCUCCUCCUGGGAUCAGAAUGCCAGGCGCAAGUCCAAGUGACCGUCCCAAGUGUUAUGGAGGUCCUUCUGGGCCAAGAGGUGUCCAUUUUGUGCACGCACAGCGUGGCAGCCGGCAGAGAGGGACCCGUCCUGGUGGAGUGGUUCAUCACGGACAAAAACGGGGUGCAGAGGCGAGUGGCUUACGACGACGGAGGCCAACAAGGGAUGGACGCAGGGACAGAGUACAAAGACCGGGCCUCCAUGGACUCGAGCCACAGCCUGGUCAUCCAAGCGGCUGACGUGAGCGACGAGAGGACCUUCUCCUGCCAAGUGACCACAACGUCGGGGACUGGCGUGGGAGAGACCCAGCUCAAGGUGUUCGAUCCACCUGAAACGCCGGAGGUUGUGUAUAACACCGGGACCCUCUCCGUGACCGGAGACUACGCUUCAGAGAUUGCAACCUGUUCCAGCAAAAAUGCCAACCCAGUCCCAACCAUCAGCUGGUACAAAGAUGGCCGCCUUCUCAAUGCCUCCACAGAACGCAAUAAAGAAUUGUAUGUGGUGUCACGGACGGUGAAGGAAACAUCAGGCCUCUUCUCCAUCUCCAGCACUCUGUACAUGCACCUGAAGAAGGAGGACAAGGACUCGGCUUUCCACUGCAAAGUCAACUACUCCAUGCCACAAGGGAGAGUCGGCAGCACCGAGACGGACUCCUUCCAGCUCACAUUGCACUACUACACAGAGAAUGUGGAGUUUCUUCUGAAUUCUCCAGAGCCCAUCAAGGAAGGGGAUGAUGUGGAGCUUCACUGCAAGGCGGACGGUUCUCCCUCACCUGAGUAUUACUUCUCCAAAGUACAGACUUUGGACACGCAAGCGGGUGAAGCGCAGCGUGAUCUGGGCUCCAACCGUGAAGGUAUCUUCCGCCUGCAUCGCGUGAGCAAAGCCGACAGUGGGAUGUACCGGUGCCAGGUGCUUGACUUCGACAGCCCCCCCGAAGUAGAUUUGGAGAAGGAGGUGACCAUCUUUGUCCACUAUCUGGACCCGGUAGUUGUGACUCCAAGCACGAUGGUGGUGGUCAACAUAAGCGAGAACAUCGAACUGACCUGUUCCGGAACGGGCUCCAGGACUCCCGAAUUGUCAUGGAAGAAGGGAGGGGAAGAGGUAGAAAAAGGUGCAACGUUGACCCUGAAUUCGUUGACCUACCAAAUGGCGGGCACAUACUCCUGCAAGGCCUCCGUUUCCAGCAUCCCUGGGCUGGAGAGGGAACAAGCUGUCCAAGUCAUCGUGGAAGGGAAACCAGAGAUGGAGCAGCACCAGACCAUCACCCAUUACCAUGCCUUGGGACAGACAGUGGAGCUCACCUGCUCGGUUUUGGGUCACCCUGAACCAGAGAUCCAGUGGAGCAUCCCUGGAGAGGCUACUAUAGAGCACUCUGGAAACAAAUUGUCGCUGGAGCUGACCCCUGAGCUGGUCCAGAGCGGGGUGACCUGCUUGGCAGAGAACAAGCAUGGUUCAGACAAGCAGAUGUUCCGGUUUGAGAUUGUUUCCCCAACAGCAUCAUCUUCCCCGGGUCCCGCAGUGGAUGGACAGGAAACACAGGGGGGCAGCACAGUGGCGGUCAUCGCGGUCUGCGUCUGCGUCUUGCUUCUUCUCAUCAUCGUGGGAUUCUUCUACUUCAUGCAGCGCCGUGGGCAGCUCCCCUGCGGAGGUGGAGAAAAGAGAUCGUUGACCCCCAAGGAAGGGAAUCCUGAUGACACGGUUGUGGAGAUGAAGACGGACAGACGGAACGAACAGACGGGGCUAUUGAGUCACGGAGGUGGCGGUGGAGGUGGGACCAACGAGUGCUGAGAACAGAGGAACCUCUCUCUCUUUCUCCUCUCCGUUCUGCACCGAACCCAGCACCCAUCUUGGAUGAAGACGAUGCCAAGGCUGGUAUUUUCAAGCGGGAAACGGUCACUCCGGCCCUUUCCGCCAUCCUCCCUUCCUUCCUCCCUUCCUUGGGGAGCUGAAGGAGUGUCCGUACAUCUAGACUUUGGGUGUGGGGCAAGGUGUGGGGAUGAUUGUGCUGCCACUACUUCUUCUCCCUCCUUAAAAAUGCCAGAUGAUUUUUUUUGUCACCCUAAAGAAACUGACCCCCAUCCCCUUAUUUACCCCACACUGGCUGCACCCCUGUUGCACACUGUACUCCUGGAGGCACUUAACGUCAGCAACACACAACACGCUGCCUUGCAAGGGAGAGUGCCAGAGUUACUGGCCUCUCCUUUUACUUUUCGUUUUCUAAACCUGGGUUUACUGCCUUUUGCCAAACACAUGUCUUCCUAAUGUAGCUGGAAUCAAAAACUGCCUUUUGUAAAUCUUGGCUGCCUGGUCGCUUGGAGACAAGUCCCACUCAUUGCAGGUGAACGGGGCAAAACUCUGCUUUUUGAGCUUGUGGAAAGCCAUGGGCAUCAGCAAAUUUGGACAGUUGCACCCCUCUGUAUCCUUGGUGUAAAAGAAAUGCCCCAAAUGCACAUACCCCACAAGUGUAUCCUGCCUCGCCAAAUGUACAACGAUGUGCUAAUUACAUGCAUCACUUGAAAACAUACCCAGGGAUGAAGAAGGAACGAAAGUGGGCAUUUCUUUUCCACCUGCAGAUAUGUGUCAAUCUAUCCCAUCCAGAUGCCAACAUGUUCACGUGUGCCAUUCAUGUACCCUUUCUGUGUCUGUGUGCAUUCGCUCUUUAUUGUGUGAACGAUCAAGGCCUUCCCAGUCCUUUGCUCAAUUUUGAAAUUUCGCCUGUCUUCCUAGCACAUGGACAGGCCCCCGCAGUGCAUCUUGAGCAUGCCAGCUUGUGAUAGUUCCAGCUUUUGGAAUUGCCCCUUCCCCUGUGGCUGACCAUUAACAGCCAUUACAUCUGCAAUGCACCAUGUGCUAAUGUGGACUGCCAUGCUAUGGAAAUAUAAAGCUUCAGCUUCUUAUAUUUCAGUUAAGUGGAGUUGAGGUGUUCAUGUCCGGUGUCUGCAUUUAUCCUGGUUUUACCCCAGGCACACUGACGCUGCACUGCUAUAGCACUAUAACACUAUGUUUCCCUAUAUCAGCUGGCAACCCUGUAGCACCCCUGCAUCUGUCCUGCAAGAUAGAUGCUUUUUUGUUUCAACUUGGUUGGAGAGGUGUGCUUCCUGCAUUUCCCUUCCUCCAUAAAUAGAGAAGACUUCCUUCAGACAUUAACACCAACUCCUGGGUUUUGGAAAGUGGAGCUUACCUGGGCAAGGGCAGGGCAAGGCUUAAAGAAGGUCUCAGGACUGUCUCCAUUAUAUGGUUCCAUUGCCCAUCCUUUUUUACUUCCCGAGGGAAACGAGUGACUCCGCUUUGCCCCAAAUCUUCCCAAUAGGCAGCUACUUUAUUUCAUUUCUAGCCUCUGUUCAGGUUUUUCACGGGCUUCUCUUUGAGGCAACCGUUUGGCUCCCAUGUGAACCGAACCCUCUUUUGAUCCUGGUUUCGGGGCUUGCCUUCCAUUCCUACUGAUCCCAUCUCUGCAUCCUCAACUACCUUCCUAGGGCGGCCAAAUCUUCCAGUAUCUUGAUUCUCCCCAUUGAAAUGCAUUGGUUUGUUUAAAUCUUUAUAUAUAUAUAUAUGUAAAUGUAUAUGGCAUAUUUUUGUGCGUGUGUCUGUACAGGAGAAGCCUUGGUGGGAGUCGUCGCCUUCUUGCCGUCCCCUGAUCCCUACGUUGGGUUCCCUUCCCCUCUUUUUAUUUUCUUCUUGCACUUGUCUGGUCAAGACACUGGCUUUUUGGGGGGAGGGCAGAUUUGGGGCUUUUAUUUUUAAUUUUUUAAAAUGUAGUAUAUUUAAUGGUGUUUCAUCUUAGAAAGCUGGGCAAGGCGUUGGAGCCGUGGCAGAAACCCUUGGCAGGUUUGCAUUGCAGGAGAGAGGUGGCACCUCAGUGCCCUUGUCUCUAUUAUUGUUUCUUCCUUUAAUUUUGUUUUCUUUAAACAAACAAAAAACUUGUGCUUGAUGCUUUUGUGCCUUUCACAGCAGCUUGGAGAAACACAUGUUUUGGACUCUAAUUCCUCAAAUCCCCCAGAGAACAGGACUACUAAACUGAAAAUCGCCUUUCUUUAACUCUGCAGCUUGCUCUGCUGGUUGGGAUCUACUGAAAAACACCUCCUAAGAUGCUGAGAAAGUGGCCUGUUUUACGUUUGCUUAGUAAAUGGUUUAGGAAAUUUGGUGCAUUUUGAUUCUGGGUAUCCCCAUAAAGAAGGGGCCGAAAUGCAUUGAACCUUGAAAAACGGAGUGUCAGAUGAUAAUUUUAAAACGAGUCUCGUUUCUUCUGUGGAUCCCAUGGGAUGCUCUCCAGUUGCUCCUUCUUUUACUAACCCUUGGAAACACAUUUGUGAUGUUGAUAUUCUUGUCUUGUGGGGGUUGAGAAUAGAUGACCUCCAAGCCCCCUUCAGUGCUGAGAUGCCAUGCCUACUGAUUUUCCUUUUCUGAUGCAACACUGGUGCCGGUCAGUUGGCAACCCUUGCCUUUUUGCACCCCGCGGUAACCUGCCACCCCAUUGCAACCCCAGUGCCAUAGCUCCAGUGCCCCCCUUUCCGAUGUGUCUGCCGCCUGCUGCCCUUUCCUCAGGUUACACUGUACAUUAGCAAUUAAAAGGAAAAUACUGUAACCUCC